AUGGAUAAGCAUGGUGUGAAGACCCCCUUGUGGAAGAAGGAACCGGAAGAGCUCCGGGCCGAGGAGGCUGAGCAGGAGGAAGGGAAGGAGGGGUCGGAGGACGAGGACGAGGACAACCAGAGGCCGCUGGAGGAGAGCGCGACGGAGGGCGAGGAGCCGCCGCGGGUGGCGGAGGAGGGCGAGGGCCGCGAGCGGCGCUCAGUAUCCUACUGCCCGCUGCGCCAGGAGUCCAGCACCCAGCAGGUGGCGCUGCUGCGGCGCGCGGACAGCGGCUUCUGGGGCUGGCUCGGCCCCUUAGCGCUGCUGGGCGGCCUCACAGCUCCCACCGACAGGUGACUGCGCGCUCCUCGGCCGGGGCACGAGGCAGGCGGUGCCUGGGCCCCAGGGAAGGGGGGGGCGGCCCCAGGCACUGAGCGCCUGGUCCCCGCCGGCAGGAAGCGGAGCCUCCCGGAGGAGCCGUGCGUGCUGGAGAUCCGGCGACGACCGCCGCGCCGCGGGAGCUGUGCUUGCUGCGAGAUCCUUUUCUGCAAGAAAUGCAGGAAUCUGCACAGCCACUCAGCCUAUGUGGCGCACUGCGUUCUGGAUCACCCGGAUCUGGGGAAGGCGGGGGCCACUGGGAGCUCCUGAGCGCCCCCACUCCCAGCCUUUGUGCCCUCCAUCAUUUCCUGGCCCCAGACCCCCUACCGACCUUCUCUCUUGGAGCGCGGAGCCCUCUUCGACGCAUUCCACAGGACCGCCCCUUCUCAGCUGCUGCCCAGAGCGCCCCCAUCCGUCAAGAAGGCCCACUGUUGGUGCUUGGUUCCCACCUGUCACCUAGCACCCCCUGUGCAGAGCCCAGCAUAACCUAGAGCCCGCUGUCAACAGCGCCCACCGAGGGCUCCCCGCCCCCACGCAGCACCAGCGCCACCGCACACCUGACUGUCCACUCACACAGCCUCACCUUCACCUCUUGGGUAUUUCAGAUCCGCUCUGGCCCAGUGGGCAGAGGCAUCGCCUAGAGAAAAUAACCUCAGGGUUCCCUCAUCCCUCUGACAAACCUGCCUCUUUCCCUGAAACCAUUCAAUAAAACCUCUGAUCAAAGUG